GUCGCAAACCACAACACUCACGAACACCUCAAUCGCACUCCCAUUCGACCGCAUCAGUCGCAUACGUCUCGCACACGAAUUCGCACACCUCAAACCACACCACAAUGUCUGCCAAGCCUGAGGACCAGCAGAUGGAAGGUGUCCAGGACACCAAGGGCAAGGGCAAGGCCACCCAGCAGGACGCCAUGGAGGAGUCUGAGGACUCCAGCGACGAGUCUGCUGGCGAGGAUGCGGUCGUCGAGCCUGAGGAGCCCGACGAGGACAACAUGGAGGAGAUCGAGACAUCCAACAUCAUCCACGGCUCGCGCACGCGCGGCAAGACGAUCGACUUCGCCAAGGCCAACGCCGAGCUCGAGGGCGAAGAUGAUGAGGAUGAGGACGACGACUUCGUCGACCCUGAUGAUGAGAUGAAGGAGUAAUCGGCGCAAAGCUACGACUGGUCUUCUGCCAAGACGAUAUCGAUGCGGUGACGAGCCCUUGACGUUGAUGCCUUCGGUUGAAUGAGGUGAUGGAACAUGAUACACAGAACUUUUUGGAGCAUUGGG